ACGUGUUCUGGCAAGGCCGCCACGCCUUGCCCGGAGUGGGCUGGCGAGUGCUACAUGUAUUGCGACGGCGCUGAUCGCCGACUUGCGCAGGGCGAAGGGCAGCAAUGUGGCAGCAGCGGCUCGGACGGUCACUUCUACGGCGACUGCUCCUCGGGACUCGAGUGUGUGGCUCCUGCCGCGGGCUCGCCGGUGGGCGCGCCGAGCACUUGCCAGAAGGUGGGGCAGCAGGAGGGGCAGCAGUGCGGCAGCAGCGGCUCGGACGGCCACUUCUACGGCGACUGCUCUCCUGGACUCGCAUGCGUCCCGCCGGCCGAUGGCGACGCGAUGGUGGGCGCUCCCAGCAUCUGCCACAAGGUGUGCGGCAGCUUCGGGGCCGACGGGGACCAUGUCAACGGCACCUGCAGCGCGAGCCAGACGUGUUCUGGCAAGGCCGCCACGCCUUGCCGGGUGCGGGGCUGCCAGACGUGUUCUGGCAAGGCGGCCACGCCUUGCCGGAAGUGGGCUGGCGAGUGCUACAUGUACUGCGACGGCGCUGAUCGCCGACUUGCGCAGGGCGAAGGGCAGCAAUGUGGCAGCAGCGGCUCGGACGGUCACUUCUACGGCGACUGCUCCUCGGGACUCGAGUGCGUGGCUCCUGCCGCGGGCUCGCCCGUGGGCGCGCCGAGCACUUGCCAGAAGGUGGGGCAGCAGGAGGGGCAGCAGUGCGGCAGCAGCGGCUCGGACGGCCACUUCUACGGCGACUGCUCUCCUGGACUCGCAUGCGUGCCGCUGGCCGAUGGCGACGCGAUGGUGGGCGCUCCCAGCAUCUGCCACAAGGUGUGCGGCAGCUUCGGGGCCGACGGGCACCAUGUCAACGGCACCUGCAGCGCGAGCCAGACGUGUUCUGGCAAGGCCGCCACGCCUUGCCGGGAGUGGGCUGGCGAGUGCUACAUGUAUUGCAAAGGUGGGGCAGCAGGUGGGGCAGCAGUGCGGCAGCAGCGGCUCGGACGGCCACUUCUACGGCGACUGCUCUCCUGGACUCGCAUGCGUGCCGCCGGCCGAUGGCGACGCGAUGGUGGGCGCUCCCAGCAUCUGCCACAAGGUGUGCGGCAGCUUCGGAGCCGACGGGGACCAUGUCAACGGCACCUGCAGCGCGAGCCAGACGUGUUCUGGCAAGGCGGCCACGCCUUGCCGGGAGUGGGCUGGCGAGUGCUACAUGUACUGCGACGGCGUGGGGCAGCAGGAGGGGCAGCAGUGCGGCAGCAGCGGCUCGGACGGGCGAAGGGCAGCAGUGUGGCAGCAGCGGCUCGGACGGUCACUUCUACGGCGACUGCUCCUCGGGACUCGAGUGUGUGGCUCCUGCCGCGGGGCUCGCCUUUGGGCGCGCCGAGCACUUGCCAGAAGGUGGGGCAGCAGGAGGGGCAGCAGUGCGGCAGCAGCGGCUCGGACGGCCACUUCUACGGCGACUGCUCUCAUGGACUCGCAUGCGUGCCGCCGGCCGAUGGCGACGCGAUGGUGGGCGCUCCCAGCAUCUGCCACAAGGUGUGCGGCAGCUUCGGAGCCGAUGGGGACCAUGUCAACGGCACCUGCAGCGCGAGCCAGACGUGUUCUGGCAAGGCCACCACGCCUUGCCGGGAGUGGGUUGGCGAGUGCUACAUGUACUGCGACGGCGCUGAUCGCCGACUUGCGCAGGGCGAAGGGCAGCAGUGUGGCAGCAGCGGCUCGGACGGUCACUUCUACGGCGACUGCUCCUCGGGACUCGAGUGUCACUUGCCAGAAGGUGGGGCAGCAGGAGGGGCAGCAGUGCGGAGCAGCGGCUCGGACGGCCACUUCUACGGCGACUGCUCUCCUGGACUCGCAUGCGUGCCGCCGGCCGAUGGCGACGCGAUGGUGGGCGCUCCCAGCAUCUGCCACAAGGUGUGCGGCAUGGGCUGGCGAGUGCUAUCUGUAUUGCAGUUAGGUCGCUAG